AUGUCUGCGAGUCUCAGGACGUGUUGACCCAGGAUUUACUCUUCAAGUCAUAUAUCAGACUGCGGGUGCUCAAAAUUAAAUAUCUUUCGUUCUAACAAAACAAGACAUAGCGUUUUGACUAUGAAAAAACUAGUUUUGAAUCUUCGAGUAAACAAGCUUUGACAAACUUUGGUGCUUUGAAUGAUUUUGAUUCUGAUAUUAUGCUCAGCUAAAGGAGAGAAUGGAAGUACAAAACGUGAAUUACAAGAAAGGGUAACUUGCUCAGAUACCACAACAACUAAAACUUGCAAAAGAGACAUAAUCACUCUCAACACCACCUCCACCCUAAAAAUAAAAUCCAUCACCCAAACCUCCACUCCCUCCUACACCUCCUCUUACCUAAUGCUCUCCUCCCCUCCUGGGACCACCUUCUGCAAGUACGACUUCACCCAACUCAACUACUGCUGGAGCACAAACUUAUCUUAUGAAGCAAUGGUGAUCACGCCUGACGAAAGCAAGCUAAUUGCAUCUGUAGACGGAAGCCAAGCUGGAGGACCAGGAAUAGUAUACUACAUAUUCUCCUUAUCACAACUCGGAGUACAAUCCAUCACCAGACUCUCAGGAUAUUCCUCAGGCAGUUUUCCUUCAAACAGUGCUCCCCACAUGGAAGCUGUCAAUGGCACCCAUAUCUAUACCUUCACAAAUACGAUUUAUGGGACGAUAGAGCUGAAUUUGUUGGACAUUUCCACUGGAUCAUCGAGUUAUAUAAGAUAUCAAUCAUAUUACUCUUUUGUGCAGAUAGUUUAUAGCAAAUAAAUUGGAUUCUAUCUUGAUCAUGUAUCAAAUGCUGUCUUCGAAGGAUCUUAGGUUUGGAAGAUAUGAUUAUUCGGCAGACUCUCAGUUAAGCUUUGCAGGGAUUGAUUGACCAAACUCAGGAGGAUCUAACUGUGCUUAUGGCAUAAGUUCUGCAAAAGCAAUCAAUGAUGACCAAACUAUUGCUUACCUUCUAUUUUAUUUUGAGCCCUAUAAAACAAAUUUUAUAUCUCUUAACUUUGUAGGCUCAAAUGCAGUGCAUGGAAAGACCUUUACUCCUUCAGUUGAAGCUGAGCAAGAAUAUUUUCUUAACUAUUACUCAGGGCUAGUCUACAUGGUAUUCAGAGCAACCUCUAGCAAGUCAGUCUUGGCGAUCUACAACACAAGUACAGAUUCCUUUGGAUCUCAAACAUAUGAAAGCCAGAUCAGUUACAGAGCAUUGUUGUAUCAAAACUCAAAAUUCCAAAUAUUAGGAACUGAAAACUCGAAAGUAAUCAUCGGAUUCAGUGAACAAGAGUUCUUCAAAAAUCAUUUGGACUUACAAAAUUCAACAGUGACUAUCAAUGAAGCAUCUGAUGGCAUAGCUACUGAAAAGAGUGACUCACUUGCCAUUAUCGAAAAGACUUCAUACACUUUAUUCAGCUUAUCUGUGAUCGAUAUGAGCACAAUCGAAGUUGUUUCUUCCCAGAAAAAUCCAAUGGGAGAAAAUUAUUGAGAUUACAGCCUUAAUUUUUAUGAAAAUCCCAAAGAAAUCACCAUUGACAAAGAAUUGAAUCAGACUAUUGAUUUCUGUCUAAUUAAUCCAGCAGAUAAUUCAACAACUCUUACUUAUGAUUUUGUACAGAAGGAAGGAGAGGAUGAAGCUUCUUAUACGAUGAGUAAAGACCAAAAGACCGGAAAAUUAAAUUUAUACAACAGCGAAGCUUCUUUAUUGACCAAGACUUACGAGUAUACUAUCACAACGACUCUCGGUAAUUCAGGACAAAAUUUCACUGAAGAUCUUACUAUCAAAGAAGAAAUAGACUCAGAAGAUAGAGAAGUAUAUGAAGCCAUGCAAAAUAGUGUGAUUGCUGUUGGAGCUAUUGCUUCAGUUUUGGGUGGAAUUCUUGGUGGUACCCUCAUACAAGCCUUGUGGAUGGUCCUCAAUCAACAGAAACUCCUCCUAUUUUUUAUCCUCAUUGAUACGUAUAUGCAUGUAUUUGUCAGAUUAAUAUUGACAAAACAGAACUUUGGAUUAUUAAACUUUGGGUUCUUAAAUGAUCUACUACCUGAUUUUAUGACUGGACCUUCUAUGAUUGAUAAGCUAAAUCAAGCCCAGAAGACUCCGACUGUAGAAGAAAUUGGGUUUGAUUUAGAGAGUUUUGUCAGAUCAUAUUGGCUUUUCAUCCAGUUAUUAGUACUUUUUAUUUUCCUUCACACAGUUUGUAUCAUCUUACUUUGUAUCUUUCCAUCCCUUUCAAAGAAGGAGGAAAAAGAAUCCAAUAAAAAACAAGAGGAAGCAAAGGAGAAGACUAAGGAUAACAAAAGUUUUACUCGUGCUGAAACAAGGGUUAAUUUAGUUUGAAGAGAUAGCAUGAUAAAAUUUGGAGUAAGCAGACUAGACGAACAAAAGAAAGAAUCUAGUGAAUUUAAUAAUGUUUUUCAAGAAAGAGAUGAAGAGAGCGAAAAGAGCCCUUCUCACCCUCAAAAGUCCUUCCAGAGACCCCUCUCAAUCUCUAGUUCCUCCCAAGAAAUUUCUUCACGCUCUUCUUCACUGGCCUCCUCCAAAUCUCCUGCUCUGCCCUGCCACAAGAAAUUGCUAAAAUGGUUUGGCUCCAAGAUCUCAUCCAAUUUCUUCUGGGAUGUCUACUUCCGAAUGUUUCUAGAGUCCUUCAUGGGUGCAGUCUUGGUCACUGUUAAUGAGAUUAAAACUAAUAAGAGGAAUAGUUCAUCAGAGACUCUUUCUUUUGCACUGAGCUGCAUCGUGGUGGUCAUUUAUAUGGCAUUUUAUGUAUUCGUCUGUGUGGUAGGGGUCAGGGAGAUGAAGAGAAGGAAGAGGAUUUUUGAGGAUGUGAAGAGGAGAGAUAGGAGGGAUCAGUAUAGAGAGCGUGAUGGUGUGGUAGAAGUGGAUGAAGAGAUUAAGGAUUGUGACAAGAAGAUCUAUGCAGAAUUAUUCAGAGAUUUGAAGUAUACUCCUUAUGCAGCUCUUCAUCAACCACUGAAUUUGACAAGAGUCGUGAUUAUGAUCUUUAUUGUUGCCUUAGAUAUAUUUAAUAGCUCAACUAUAUGGCUACUAUUUUGCUUAAUACUGUCACUACAAAUUCUCUAUACGGUCCAAGCUAUCUGUAUUCCAAAAUUUGAUUGGUGGCCUCUAAAAGUAAUCUACAUAUUGAAUGAAAUUUUCUUUACUGCAUUUAUUGUCAUAUUUGGGUUACUCAAGUCUGCCCAAGAUUGGAAAAGCCCAACAACCAAAAACAUAGUUAUAACGCUGAUUUUCUUAAACAGUAUUCAAGUUAUCUUCUUCCAAAUAUGGGGAAACAUAAUUCAAGGCAAAAAGACAAUCCGCACUAUCAAAACGAGUCUCCACAGAUCCAAAACCCCCGAAACCCCUAGAGAGCUAUCAUCAGCAAGGACCCAAAAAAUCCCCAAAACUCCCAGAAUGCCAAAAUCCUCCAAAACCCCAAUCCCAACAAUCUGGUCGUCCACCCCUUCCAAGCCACCCAUUCCUACCCAAAACUCUUCUACUCUUCCAUUUCGGUCUUUGACCCGUUCGACAACUUAUCCUAAAAUUCCAAUUGAUUUUGGUCAAGAUCCUCCCACUCUUGAAAGAUCCACAAGCCCAAAACCCCCUAGUCCAACUUCCCUACCCAACCCUCCCCAAAUGAGGAAACUGAAGAGUUAUACAUUACCCAGAUGACAGGUUUAGGAUUAAGUGAGUGACAAUCAAUUUU